CAUUUACUAGCCCAUGUGCCAUUUAACUUCCUAGGUGAGACAUGCCUGCGGUCCCCUCCCUUAAAGACAGCAGCGUCCUGGGCCCUGUGUGCCCGCACGCUGCCAGGCUACACGUCACCAACGGCAAUGGGGACGCCAACGGAUCCUCCAAGGUCCAGGAAGGGCUGUUACAACUCCCAACCAAGGGGGGCGUCAGAGACAAGCCAGAGGUGGCCGUGACUGGAACCAUCCAGGCGGUGGGGGAGAGGAAGUGGAUCCGUCCCGACCUUCCCAGCCGGUGCACCUGGAGACUGGGGGGAAACCACGCCGACUCCCCCCACACCCAUCCUCAACAGACCAAAGCUCCUAAAAUCCUCACCAACAUCCUCCGGAGGAUCGGUGACACCCCGCUGGUGCGCAUGAACAAGAUCCCCAAGACCUUCGGCCUCAAGUGUGAAGUCUUGGCCAAGUGUGAGUACUUCAACGCGGGCGGCAGUGUGAAGGAUAGGAUCAGUCUGCGUAUGGUGGAGGAUGCAGAGAGGGCAGGACAUCUGAAACCAGGAGACACCAUCAUAGAACCCACCUCAGGCAAUACAGGUAUCGGUCUGGCCCUGGCUGCAGCUGUGAAGGGUUACCGCUGUAUCAUUGUCAUGCCUGAGAAGAUGAGCAUGGAGAAGGUGGAUGUUUUGAGAGCCCUGGGCGCAGAGAUCGUCCGUACUCCCACCAGCGCUCGUUUCGAUUCACCAGAGUCUCACGUGGGCGUGGCUUGGCGUCUGAAGAACGAGAUCCCCAACUCUCACAUCCUGGACCAGUACCGUAACCCUAGUAACCCCCUGGCCCACUAUGACACCACAGCAGAGGAGAUACUGGAGCAGUGUGAUGGGAAAGUGGACAUGCUGGUGGCAGGCGCUGGCACAGGCGGCACCAUCACUGGCAUUGCCCGCAAACUGAAGGAGAGGUGCCCAAACAUCCAGAUCAUCGGUGUGGACCCUGAAGGCUCCAUCCUGGCUGAACCAGAGGAGCUGAACAAGACAGACAAGACCCAGUACGAGGUGGAGGGCAUCGGAUACGACUUCAUCCCCACUGUACUGGACCGAUCAGUGGUGGAUAGCUGGUACAAGUCCAACGAUGAGGAGUCCUUCAACAUGUCCCGUAUGCUGGUCAGAGACGAGGGCUUGCUGUGUGGUGGCAGCUCGGGCACGGCCAUGGCAGCGGCGGUGAGGGUGGCCAAGGACCUGAAGGAGGGCCAGCGGUGUGUGGUCAUCCUGCCAGACUCCAUCCGCAACUACAUGACCAAGUUCCUGAGUGACAAGUGGAUGUUCGAGAAAGGCUUCCUGAAGGAGUCAGACAUCAUGGUAAACAAACCCUGGUGGUGGAACCUGAAGCUGCAGGGGUUGAACCUCUCUGCCCCUCUGACCGUCCUGCCCACGGUCAGCUGUCAGAAGACCAUCAAGAUCCUGAAGGAGAACAGCUUUGACCAGGCCCCUGUAGUGGACGAGGCUGGGCUGGUCCUAGGAAUGGUUACUCUGGGGAACAUGCUGGCCUCUGUGCUGGCUGGGAAGAUCAAACCCUCAGACCCAGUCAACAAGGUGAUCUACACCCAGUUCAAACAGAUCCGUCUGACUGAUAACCUGGGGAAGCUCUCUCGUAUCCUGGAGACGGACCAUUUUGCCCUGGUGGUACACGAACAGAUCCAAUACUUGACGGACGGCUCCCCCAGCCUGAAGCAGAUGGUGUUUGGUGUGGUGACGGCCAUCGACCUGCUCAACUUCGUCACGGCCAGGGAGAAGAGGGAGAGGUCCUUCUCUGAGUGCAGUGACCUGUGACCGUGUCCCCGUGACGGCUGGGUCAUGUGCGCACAAACACCUCGUGUACACACACACAUGGAACACCUUAAUUAUACCUACAGCUCACAGCCAAACACAAACACACUGUGAUAUUAACGACAAUAUAAAGAAUAUGAGGUCGUAUGAACUUGAUUGGUGGACAAACUGUUGUUGCAGCUUUCUCAUAUGACAUGUGAGUCAUUUAGCAGAUGCUCUUAUCCAGAGCGACCUACAGAUAGUGAGGACAUACUGUCCCCCCCCAACUGGUCCCCCAGUGCAAU